AUGACCCGUCCUAACAUCUCAUACGCCGUACAACAUGUUUCCCAAGUCGUUAGUUCCUCCACUGAUGUUCACCAUGAAGUAGUGAAACGCAAUCUGUGUUAUCUCAAAGGCACCAUUGGUCAUGGCCUUCCUAUUUGUCGUUCUACGGACUCCUCCUUCCUUAUUGCCUAUUCCGAUGUCGACUGGCAGGUUGCCUGGAUACUCUCCGGUCCACCAUCGGUUUCUCAUUCAAGUGCCAAAGUUGAGUAUCGCGCCUCAGCCUAUGCUUGUGCGGACACUAUAUGGAUUCAAGGUCUCUUACAUGAACUUGGGCAUCCUAUUACACAUCAUGUUAUUCUUAAUUGUGAUAAUCUCUCUACCACAUAUCUUGCUGCCAAUCCUGAUUUUCAUGCCCGGACCAAACACAUAGCUAUUGAUUAUCACUUUGUUCGGGAACGUGUUGCCUUGGGGAGUCACCAGGUUUGUUUCAUGCCUUCUACUCACCAACUUGCCAAUGUCUUCACAAAAGGAUUGCCUACGGAUCGUUUUGCCCGCCUUAUUUCCAAACUUGUCUCCUCCCUAAUAGUUAAUCAUACUAAUGAUAGAAAAUGGUCAGUUGUCGGUUACAUUGUUAUUAGGCUAUAA